AUGGCGAGUCCCCAUCGAGAGUCGACGAUACACUCGAUCUGUAUCGACUACAGAUCAGUAUACCCUGAGACGCUCAGGAAAUUUCUACUUGCCGCGUCGGGUAUGCAUAGGUACUGGGACGACAACAUCAAUGAUACAGGACACGCCAUAAGUAGGAAUCGCACUUACACCCAACCUCAAGAAGGCGUCAGCUUGACUCGGAGUCUCUUGAAAGCACUGGUCGGUACUAUACAGCAUGUUGCCGUUAGUUGGUUUCCCGUGCUCCGAGUCGGAGAAGUUCUACUGAGAACCCCGGGCCAUUCAGGUCGUCGCAAAUCGCGCGCGCGCGCGCGCAUCAUAUCAUCCCGUGAAGACUCAUCGGAUACUUACAUAAAUCUCCGGGAAGAGUUGAUGGCGAUCCGCGACUCAGAAGACGGGAAAUCACACGGUAAUCUCCGAAUAUCUUCACGCAGUCUGAUUGCCGCAGCCACUACUCUCAACAUUGGACACACCGAAACCGACUCGAUGGCGAAGACCGGCAAGAAAUCAAACCGAGGAUGGUGGUGGGAUCACUUUGUCGAACAUCCAGGUUAUGCUGCUAAAGAAAGUGCUUCAAUGGUCAGCGAGAUGCACCGAGAGAUGAAGCUGCAAUUGCAGGCACUUGUAUUAAGUGCCGGUACUGUGAUGAGAAAGCAGAGUCCACUGAAACAGUGGAUGACUUGGAUGCUCCAUUGGCAGGAAGCGGCGAAUGAGAGCAGCGCAGCUUCGAGAGGCAAGGGAUAA